UGUCGUACUGCAUGGUAAAAAGUUGUAAGAACAACAACAAAAACAACAAAGAGUUAAAAUUUUUCACAUUGCCCAAAAACUCUUUAAAAGCCAAAGAAUGGAUUGAGGCUGCUGGUAAUUCAAUGGUUAAUAUGGAAAAACCAAAGUCUCAUCGAAUUUGUGCUAUACAUUUUGAGCAAAAAUAUUUGGUAAGGCAUCCACACGAAGUUUUGUAUGGUUUGUUACCACCUAAAGCCUACCGAGGCCUUACUGAGAAUGCUGUUCCAACUUUACAUUUGCCUGAAAGAUCUGAAACAUUAGAAAUGGUUGUAGAUCUACCAAAUGAAGCAACUUGUGCCAAAAGUACGAAAUCUACCUCUUCCUGCUCCAUCAACAAUGCGAAAGUGGAUUUCAGAUAUUAUUUUUGA